AUGGCUGACCAGGCAGUCGCCCGCCUGGCCGGCAUCAAUGUCGGCGCUCCGGCGCAACCCGUCCCCAGUGGUGACUUCGGCCUGAUCGGUCUGGCUGUCAUGGGUCAGAACCUGAUCCUGAACGCCGCCGACCACGGCUUCACGGUCGUCGCCUACAACCGGACCGUCUCCAAAGUCGACCGUUUCCUCGAAAACGAGGCCAAGGGCAAGUCUAUCGUCGGUGCUCACUCCAUUGAGGAGUUCGUCGCCAAGCUCAAGAAGCCCCGCCGCAUCAUGCUCCUGGUUAUGGCUGGAAAGCCUGUCGAUGACUUCAUCGAGUCCCUUCUGCCUCACCUGGAGAAGGGCGACAUCAUCAUUGACGGUGGUAACUCCCACUUCCCCGACUCCAACCGCCGUACCAAGUACCUGGCCGAGAAGGGCAUUCGCUUCGUUGGCACUGGUGUCUCUGGUGGUGAGGAGGGUGCCCGUUACGGUCCCUCGUUGAUGCCCGGUGGUAACGAGGAGGCUUGGCCAUACAUCAAGGACAUCUUCCAGAGCAUCGCAGCCAAGAGCGAAGGUGAGCCUUGCUGUGACUGGGUCGGUGACGAGGGUGCCGGUCACUACAUCAAGAUGGUCCACAACGGUAUUGAGUAUGGUGACAUGCAGCUGAUCACUGAGGCCUACGACCUCAUGAAGCGUGGUCUGGGCAUGUCGACCUCCGAGAUUGGCGACGUGUUCGCCAAGUGGAACAAGGGUGUCUUGGACUCCUUCCUGAUCGAAAUCACCCGCGAUAUCCUCAAGUACAAUGACGACGACGGCACUCCCCUCGUGGAGAAGAUUCUGGACAAGGCCGGCCAGAAGGGUACUGGCAAGUGGACUUCCAUCAACGCUCUGGAUCUCGGCAUGCCCGUUACCCUCAUUGGCGAGGCCGUCUUCGCCCGUUGCCUGAGUGCCAUCAAGGACGAGCGUGUUCGGGCCAACAAGCUCCUCGGCGGCCCGACCCCCCAGUUCACGGGUGACAAGCAGGCUUUCAUCGACAACCUCGAGCAGGCGUUGUAUGCCUCGAAGAUUAUUUCGUAUGCCCAGGGAUUCAUGCUUAUCCAGAACGCUGCCAAGGAGUACGGCUGGAAAUUGAACAAGCCGUCCAUUGCUCUGAUGUGGCGUGGUGGUUGCAUCAUCCGCUCGGUCUUCCUGAAGGAUAUCACCAACGCCUACCGCAAGAACCCCGACCUGGAGAACCUGCUGUUCGACGACUUCUUCAACAAGGCCAUCCACAAGGCCCAGGACGGCUGGAGAGAUGUCGUCAGCAAGGCUGCUCUCUGGGGUAUCCCCGCUCCGGCGUUCAGCACGGCCCUCAGCUUCUACGAUGGAUACCGCACCAAGGACCUUCCGGCCAACCUGCUGCAGGCUCAGCGUGACUACUUCGGUGCCCACACUUUCCGCAUCAAGCCUGAGUUUGCCAACGACAACUUCCCUGCGGACAAGGACAUCCAUGUCAACUGGACCGGCCGUGGCGGUAGCGUCUCUGCCUCGACCUACGUCGUUUGA